CAAAUAUGUUAUUGUUUGUUCCAUGACUCCAUAAACCUGUCUUGCACUGAGUCAUUGGCAAAAGCUGAUCCAGCACUCGAAUCAUUCAUCUUUGUCUUAGCAUGGCAUUAGAACUUGUUGGUGGUACUCUUCUUUCUGUUUUCCUUAAUGUUGCAUUCGAGAAGCUAGCUUCUCCCCAAAUUCUCGAUUUCUUUCGUACAAGAAAGCUUGAUGAGGAGUUGCUGAACAAGUUGAAAACCAAGCUGAACUCCAUCCAUUCUCUGGUUGAUGAUGCAGAGAGAAAGCAGUUCACGAAUCCACAUGUCAAAAACUGGUUGCUUGAGGUCAAAGAUGCUGUCCUUGAUGCAGAGGAUCUCUUGGAUGAUUUACAAAUGCUCUACAAAAGACAAGUGGAUGCUGAUUCUGAAUCUCAAACCUCUGCAUGUUGUACGUUCAAGGUACUCAAUUUCUUCAAAUCUUCUCCUAUUAGUUCCUAUAAUAAGGAAAUUGAGUCUAGGAUGCAAAAAGUCCUCGACAAACUAGAUACUCUCUUAAGUCAAAGGGGUAAUCUAGGAUUAAAAACAGUUAGGGUUGUUGGAUCUGGGUUGAGCAAUGAACUGCCACAGAAAUCACAAACAACAUCGUUGGUUGUUGGAACUGAUAUUUAUGGCAGAGAUGAUGAUAAAAAACAGAUCGUUGACUGGCUGAUAUCUGACACCAACAAUUCUAACCAGCCAUCAAUACUUUCUAUUGUAGGAAUGGGCGGAGUGGGUAAGACCACUCUUGCUCAACAUGUAUUCAAUGACCCAAAUGUGGAUGAGGCUAAAUUUGAUGUCAAAGCCUGGGUUUGUGUUUCAGAUGAAUUUGAUGUUUUCAAAGUAUCAAGAGCAAUUCUUGAGGCUAUCACAAAAUCAACUGAUGAUAGUAGAGAUCUAGAGAUGGUUCACACAAGAUUAAAAGAACAAUUAACUAAGAAGAAAUUUCUUCUUGUUUUGGACGACCUUUGGAACGAAAACAAACCUAAAUGGGAAGAACUGCAGAAGCCACUAAUGUUUGGAGUCCAAGGGAGUAAGAUUAUUGUGACCACACGUAGCAAGGAAGUUGCUUCUACCAUGCGGUCAGAAGUUCACUCCCUAAAGCAAUUACAAGAAGAUGAUUGCUGGAACUUAUUUGUUAAAUAUGCAUUUAAAGACGAUGAUACUCAACAAAAUCUAGAAUGCACAGAGAUUGGCAAGAAGAUAGUUGAAAAAUGUAAAGGACUACCUCUAGCAUUGAAAACAAUGGGAAGUCUAUUAUACAACAAAUCAUCUGUUUCAGAGUGGGAAAGUGUGUUCCAAAACGAAAUAUGGGAAUUUUCACAAGAGCGUUGUGAUAUUAUCCCUGCUUUAGCACUGAGCUAUAUCCACCUUCCUUCUCAUCUGAAGGUCUGCUUUGCUUACUGUGCCUUGUUUCCCAAGGAUUAUGAGUUUAAGAAGGAGCAUUUGAUGCACUUGUGGAUGACUGAAAAUCUCCUACACUAUCCUUCAGAAAAUUUUUGCAAACAAUACUUCAAUGAUCUACUAUCAAGAUCCUUCUUUCAACAAUCAGGUGAAAAGGAAGAAGUAUUUGUGAUGCAUGACCUUUUAAAUGAUUUGGCAAAAUAUGUUGGUGGAGGCAUAUACUUUAGGUGGGAAGUUAAUCAAGAAGGGAAGAUACAAAAAGUAACUCGUCAUUUUUCAGUUGAAGUUGGAUACAAUCAGUAUUUUGAUGGGUUUGGAACCUCAUGCAACACAAAAAGGUUACGUACAUUUAUGUCGACAGGUUUGGGAAAACUGAAGAAUCUUAAAGUAGUCAUGGAAUCCUUUAAUGUUGGGCAUGGCAGGGAGUUCGGUAUUCAACAGCUAGGAGAGCUCAACCUUGAUGGAAGUCUAUCAAUUAAGGCGCUGGAAAAUAUUGAGAAUUCAGUGGAUGCAUCAGAAGCAUAUUUGAAGAAUAAAACACUCCUUGUGAAGUUAAAGUUGAGAUGGACAAGGAAUAGAGACUCUAUUGAUUCGAAAAAAGAAGAGGAGGUAAUUAAGAACCUGCAACCUUCCGAAAACUUAAAGGAAUUGGUAAUCUUACACUAUGGUGGGAAAGAAUUUCCAAACUGGCUACAUUCAUUACUGAACUUGGUGUCCUUAGAGUUGAAUGGAUGUGACUCUUGUGAACGUUUACCUCCUCUUGGACUUUUGCCAUUUCUUGAGGACUUGAAUAUUAUUGGACUUGACGGGAUAGUGAGUAUUGAUGCUGAUUUUUAUGGGAGCAACUCCUCUUCAUUUAAGUCUCUGCAAAAUUUGAGAUUCUUUAAUAUGGGACAAUGGAAAAAAUGGGAAUGCAAAGCAGGUAUUUUUCCAAAUCUUCAAACACUUUAUAUAAGUGAUUGUCCCAAGCUGAAAGGAGAGUUGCCAGAGCAACUUGUUCCUCUGAAAAAAUACAAAUUACAGAGUGCCAACUACUUGAGGCUUCCGCUCCAAGAGCUCUAGAUUUAAUUGCUUUAGAUUGUGGAAAGUUGCAUUUGGACUGGGCUACCAUGAAAAGUCUCAUA